AGCCGGCCCACACCACGUGAUUUCCGGGAAGCCCGUGACGUCGGCUCGCGUUUGAAACAAAAAUGGCGUCGGUGUCAGAGCUGUACGAUGUGACCUGGGAAGAAAUGCGAGACAAGCUGAGAAAAUGGAGAGAUGAGAAUUACAGAAACAGCGAACAAAUCGUGGAUGUCGGGGAGGAGUUGUUAAACGAACAUGCCUCUAAGCUCGGUGAUGACAUUUGGAUUAUUUAUGAACAGGUGAUGAUUGCCGCGCUGGACUGCAGUCGGGAUGACCUGGCAGUGAGCUGUCUACAGGAGCUGAAGAGGCAGUUUCCAGGUAGCCACAGAGUGAAACGUCUGGCUGGGAUGAGGCUGGAGGCCUUGGAAAGGUAUGAAGAUGCCACCAAGCUGUAUGAUUCCAUAUUACAAGACGACCCAACUAACACGGCUGCGAGGAAGCGCAAGAUGGCCAUGCUGAAAGCGCAGGGGAAGAGCCCCGAGGCCAUCCGGGACCUCAACGAGUAUCUGGAGCAGUUUGUUGGUGACCAGGAGGCCUGGCAUGAGCUCUCAGAACUCUACAUCAACGAGCAUGACUACGCCAAGGCUGCGUUUUGCUUGGAAGAGCUGAUGAUGACGAAUCCCCACAAUCACUUGUACUGUGAGCAGUAUGCUGAGGUGAAGUACACUCAGGGCGGACUCGACAACUUGGAGCUGUCCCGGAAGUACUUCGCUCAGGCUCUGAAGCUCAACAACAGAAACAUGAGAGCUCUGUUUGGGUUCUACAUGUCUGCAAGCCACAUUGCUGCCAGUCCGAAAGUGAGUGCUAAGGUGAAGAAGGACAACGUGAGGUACGCCGCCUGGGCCGCCAGUCAGAUCAACAGAGCCUAUCAGCUGGCAGGUCGGGGAACGAAGGGGACUAAGUGCUCCGUCAAGGCCGUGGAGGAGAUGCUGGAGUCCCUGCAGAUCACCAUGUCUUGAGUCUCCGCCCCCUUCCAGUCACUCAACCAUGACAGCAGCUCCGCCCCUUUCCUCACCCUGGCAUCGCACCCCAAGUUCCCCCUCCCCCGUCCGAUGAGUCAUGGUCUAGACAAAGGAGGGUUUGUACCAGUGUGCUGUAUGCUAUACAGACACAGACUGUGUCUGUAACCUUUAAGGUAGACAGAGGACUUUAAAGACCCCAUCGCAGUGCUGGGACCUCACAUCAAAUCACGACGCUUCUCUUCAGAACAGCCAUCAAACUGGACUCCACUAUUCAUCACAAUAAACUGUUUAACUGUUUGCAAAACUGGCUUGUUCAGCUUAACUGAGUGGCUCCCUCAGUUGAAGGAAGGGGAUUAAAAACCACUUUUUGUAGUUUUCCCCCCAAACUAAAUGUAUGUCGUUUGCAUCACUGUUUCAGCGCAGUGGCUCUGUACAUCUUGCAAGCUGGAGUGUUUGCAGCACACAUGCGACACGGGACGUCGCAUGGGAAGCAAUGUGCAGCCAGCAUGUUCGCAUCCCGCUGCGAGCUCCUCCCGCACUUAAAGAACACUAUCACAGCUCCUUUGACAAGCUUCACAAAGAGUCUGUAAUUUGAGUUCAGGGAGAAAUUUGUAGCACAUUGCCAGUAAUUAAAGCAGAAAAAAAAAAAAAAACAUAAAUCUGGUAACAGUUAAGUAAUGUUAACCCCUGUGAAAGGCCCUCCUUCCUACUGCUUUUGCUUGUAAGAGUUGGAUUGGUUAGUCUUAGACUAAUUAACCGUCCUUAUUCACCCAUGAAAAAUCAGCUGUUACUUCCAACACCUUUUUUGUUUAUUGCGCCUCUGUAAUUGUCUCAUAAUUUCAGUUACACAUCAGCGGAAAACUUGAGUCCGAGGCCCUUUUGUCGGGGAUGUGAAUGGCUGUAAAGGGCUGAACAUUUAAAAAAUAAAAAAGUGACUUUUUUUU